AUGGUCCGGUUACCCAUACCGCAACGACUGAGUUCGCAUCUCAGCUCGAAAACCCCGACUCCGGGGCAGAGUCGCACGCCAAGUCCGUCGCGAGGAAUAGAGAAGCCGUUGAUUCUCAAGGUCGCCGUGUUGAAAGGAAGGGACCUUGCGCCGAAAGAUCGAGGCGGAACGAGUGAUCCGUAUUUGAUCGUUACGCUCGGAGAUUCCCGACAGUCGACCCCCACGAUACCGAAAACCCUUAAUCCAGAAUGGAACGUCGCAUUCGAGAUGCCUGUGGUCGGAGUUCCGCUGUUGGAGUGUAUUUGCUGGGAUCAUGACCGGUUUGGCAAGGACUACAUGGGGGAGUUUGAUAUUCCCCUCGAGGAUAUUUUCCAAGAGGGCGAGGUCAAUCGAGAGCCGAAAUGGUAUACCCUCGAAUCGAAACGGCGACCGGCCCGCAAGAAGGAUAGUACCGUCUCUGGAGAGAUUCUGCUGCAGUUCUCCCUGGUCGAUACCGCGAAUCCUAUGGCCUCGGCCCAGGACACAUACCGCAAAUUCCAGAAUCUUGUUUGUUUCGGCGAGGAGGAAGACUACUUCCCUCAGGAAUCCUCGCAGGACUUGGAAGAUGUCGACCGAGAUGAAGAGACCUCCGACGAUGCCGACGAACCCGAGGUCGCUGAAAAACGCAGGAGACGUCUUCGUCUGAAAAGUCUGAGAAACAAGAGCUUAGCGGCUAGGGCAUAUCAGUUUUCUGGCGUGGGCAACGGAGUGCAGGGCAUCGUGUUCAUGGAGAUUGUUCGUGUCACGGACCUUCCGCCAGAAAAGAACGUCACUCGGACAUCCUUCGAUAUGGACCCAUUCGUUGUCACUUCACUAGGGAGGAAGACGCUCCGAACCCCCGUUAUCCGCCACAACCUGAACCCGGAGUACAACGAGAAGAUGGUUUUCCAGGUCAUGAGGCACGAGCAAUCAUUUACCAUCAGCUUCGCAGUGGUCGACCGAGACAAGUUCUCUGGUAACGACUUUGUUGCUUCGGCCGGUUUCCCCCUUCAAACCCUCAUCCAAUCCGCGCCAGAAUCGGAUCCUGAAACGGGCUUGUACAAAUUCCUCGACCCGACACUGGAUCCGACCGGGCCUGAAGAUGCAAAAUCUGGUUCCAGAAUUGGAAUCAGUCCUUCCUCUUCUACUCAGAAGCUCCCAAUGAGGCCUUCCAUGAAGUCUCGGAACUCAGGCACUUCAGUCUCCGGCCGCUCAAUCUCACGCCACUCUCAGCAUGAACCACCACCGUCGAUUCCGCCAAUCAUCGAAAGCAAAGGCGCAUUCAAAGCGCCUACAGAUGCUAUCCCCGACAGCGGCAUCGCUCCACUAGAUACCGAUGGUCUUAAAACGUACAAGAUUCCUCUCAUUUUGAAGCACAAGGAACGGUGGGAAGAUAAACACUCGCCAGAGCUUGUUAUAAAAGCGAAGUAUCUACCAUACCGCGCACUUCGCCAGCAGUUCUGGCGCCUUAUGCUCCGGCAGUACGAUGCUGAUGACAGCGGCCGUAUCGACAAGACAGAAUUGACGACAAUGCUCGAUACCCUUGGCUCGACUCUGAAGGAAACUACAAUUGAGAGUUUCUUCCAGCGUUUCCAGGCUGAGAAUGAACCAUUGGAAACAAUGGACUUGUCAUUCGACCAAGUCGUCAUUUGUCUAGAAGACACCUUGCAGAAUCUGCAAAAGGAUCCAAGAGUCGCUAUGAGAGCGCACUCGCACACGCCAUCGUCGGGUAGUCAGGAUAGCGAAGAGCCGUCUAGCAGUGAUGACCUGGCCGCGGAAACCAGCACUAGCUUCCCAUCCAAUAUGGAUACACAAGGCACAUCCGUGCCCACACUACCCAGUGACGAGCAGCCUGGCACUACCGAAGACGAUCUUCAGCCAGAUGACUUGGGCGAUGAGCGGGGUGAAGAGCAUGUUGUUGAAAUCCGUGAAUGCCCCUUAUGUCACCAGCCACGUCUUGAGAAGCGGUCGGAUGCGGAUAUCAUCACUCAUAUUGCUACCUGUGCAAGCCGGGACUGGCGACAAGUCGACAAUCUCGUUAUGGGUGGCUUCGUUACGUCCAGCCAGGCGCAGCGUAAGUGGUACACCAAGGUGAUCACCAAGAUUUCUUAUGGUGGUUACAAGCUGGGUGCCAACUCAGCCAACAUCCUCGUUCAAGAUCGCAUUACUGGACAGAUCAACGAGGAGCGUAUGAGUGUCUACGUGCGGUUGGGUAUCCGCUUGUUGUACAAGGGAUUGAAGAGUCGGGAGAUGGAGAAGAAGAGAAUCCGUCGCAUUCUGAAGUCUAUGAGUAUCAAGCAGGGCAAGAAAUACGAUGACCCCGACUCCGCGAGCCAGAUUAAGGACUUUAUCGGUUUCCACCAGCUCGAUAUGUCAGAAGUCUUGCUGCCCAUCGAGGAGUUCAAGAACUUUAACGAGUUCUUCUACCGGCAGCUGAAGCCCCAUGCUCGUCCAUGCUCCGCUCCUGAGGAGCCCCGGAUUGCUGUGUCCCCUGCCGACUGCCGCUCAGUGGUCUUUGACCGGAUGAGCGAAGCCACCAGUAUCUGGGUCAAGGGCCGAGAAUUCUCCCUUGAAAGACUUCUUGGGGACGCCUACCCCGAGGACGUCAGCCGUUACAAGAACGGUGCCCUCGGAAUCUUCCGCCUUGCUCCUCAGGACUACCACCGUUUCCACAUUCCCGUGGAUGGUGUCAUGGGGACCCCGAAGACGAUUGAAGGCGAGUACUACACGGUGAACCCGAUGGCCAUCCGUUCUGCGCUGGACGUGUACGGCGAGAACGUGCGUAUCUUGGUCCCGAUCGAUUCAGUCGCCCACGGCCGCGUCAUGAUCAUCUGUGUCGGAGCGAUGAUGGUCGGCAGCACGGUGAUCACCCGUCAAGCCGGAGAGAAGGUGGCCCGUGGAGAAGAACUUGGCUACUUCAAGUUUGGUGGAAGUACCCUUCUUGUUUUGUUCGAAGAUGAUAAGAUCAACUUUGAUUCCGACUUGGUGGAGAACUCGAGAGGUCCUCUGGAGACUUUAGUUCGCGUAGGGAUGUCUAUCGGUCACAGCCCCGAAAUCCCUCAAUUCGAGCCGGACUUCCCCAAGAAAGAGAAUGUCACAGUGGAGGAAAUGCAGGCCGCUAAGCGACGAAUCGAAGGCAGUCUGGCACCGCCGACCGAUCCGUCUGGGAUUCAGUAG